AUGACUUUGCGGCAGGAGCAGCCUCACUCGCCAACUUCCUAUCCUCAAUUUGCACCACAUAUCACAUUGGGCUCGUUCUCCCAUCUCAGAUUGUCCGAAAUACGAGCCUCCAUCCCUGUAUCCCAACCUCCCCUCCAGAUCAGAUUUGACGACAUCCAAGUCGGAUCGCACUACUUUAGAUCGGUUUAUAUCUCAAUCAAACUCACCCCCGAGCUAAUCGUUUUGCACGAUGAAGUCCAUUCAUCGCUCGGCGUUGAGCCUCGAACUCCCGCAUAUCCACAUCUCUCCUUGUGUUACAUCGAUGACAAGGAUGCAGAGGAAGGAGAGCGGGAGAAAUUCGCGAGAGAUACCCACGACUCUGGCUACAUCAGAUACGAGCCUUCGGAUGGUAGCUUGAGUAUAUGUUCUAGUUCAUCCAGUGAGGAGGAUUGGAUUACUGAAUUCACUUCUUCCGAAAUAUGGAUAGCGCAAUGUGAUGGACCUGUAGCGGAAUGGUCAGUGAUAGAGAAGAUACCUCUUCUUACAUGA